AUGUUUCUCAGAAUUACUCUGCUGGGAAUUAUGCUUUUCAGCAUCCUCUGGACAGAAACUACUCUAGCUGGCUCUAGUUUUUUAAGCCCUGAAUAUAAAAGACUGCAGCAACAAAAGGGUCCAAAAAACCCCCCAGCACAAGUGCAUCGCCGAGGCGCAGAGGGGUUUUGGGAUGCAGAUGAAGUGGGAGCAGAGGAUGACAGGAACAGCAUUGAAAUUAAGUUUGAUGUUCCCUUUGAAAUUGGUGUCAAGAUAACAGAAGAAGAGUAUCAAGAGUAUGGACAAGCUCUGGAGAAGAUGCUAGGGGACAUACUUGAAGGGAAUGCUAAAGAAACUCAGAUGACAAACUGA